GAGGUAGAGGAGGGCUCGCCGGAGCUGCUAUGUCCGCCAUCUUGGAGCGUCGGUGAUGGUGGCGAGCGGAGGUUUUCCCGCCUGAGCGGAGGCACCCGGGGCCUGUGGCGGGGGACGCGCUGCCGAGGAAGAAAUCUGCUUCAUCUAAUUCAAUGCUAAUUCAGUCCUGCUAAUCUGCUAGUACUGUAGAUUGAAAGAUAUUUUUGCUGUUACCAGGAUACCCUGUAAUGGGCAAGAAGCCUGAGAGAAUACAAAGCAUUCUGAUAUUUUAACUUUUAAAAACUUUUGUGUUUAACAGACCAGCAUGUUUUGGAAAUUUGAUCUCCAUUCGUCAUCGCACAUAGAUACACUUCUAGAGAGAGAAGAUGUAACACUGAAGGAAUUGAUGGAUGAAGAGGAUGUUCUACAGGAGUGCAAGGCUCAGAAUCGCAAACUUAUAGAGUUUCUGCUGAAGUCAGAAUGUUUGGAAGACUUAGUUUCAUUUAUUAUUGAAGAGCCACCUCAAGACAUGGAUGAAAAAAUUCGAUAUAAGUAGGAAAACUUUUGGGGUUGGGGGAGAUUUGGAGGAUGGAAAGAGGACUAAAUAAAUCUAGUUAAUUUGAUAGUGUGAAUCCCUGUGUGCUGGUGUAUAGUACAAUAUUGGUGUGUCUUAGAUUAAGUAUGUUUUCAAGAGACUUCAUGGAGCUUAGAAGUAAAUCAUUCUAAUAUAUGCAUAGUUUUCAGAUGGAAGCUUCUAAUCCACAAAUGCUUCCAAAACCAGUUCAUGUUCAAAGGAGUUGACAAAAAAAGGUCCAACCAGAACUUACAUUAAGAGUUAUGUAGUUGUGAUUAAAAAAAAUAGCUGAAAGAAAAACCCUUUUUGGGUAGUAUAACUGAAUGGUUAACUUUGUUUUGUUGACUUGUAAGGUGUUUUGAAGAUGCCAUUUAGAAGAUGUAUGGUACUCCUUGGGAGAAUGUCAUGAGGGUCUAAAUGGUGAUGUUUUCCUUUCCAGAGUAUGGGCAUGACUUCUGGCUUGCUGAGAAGGUUCAAACUCAAAAUCCAUCCAUCAGUUUGUAGACAAGCACUUCUACUGCUUUUGGCCUAUUUUAGUGCUGUCCAUACAGACAGCUGCUUUUUUUUCUUAAAAUGGUACCCAAACAUAUCAUGUGAGCUGCUUACAUCAGAUGUCUCACAGAUCAAUGAUAGGUUGGGAGAAGAAGAAUCCUUACUCCUGAAACUGUACAGCUUCCUCUUAAAUGAAUCUCCUCUAAACCCUCUACUGGCCAGUUUCUUCAGCAAGGUGUUAAGUAUUCUUAUCAGCAGAAAGCCAGAACAGAUUGUGGAUUUUUUAAAGAGGAAGCAUGAUUUUGUAGACCUCAUUAUUAAGCACAUAGGGACCUCUGCUAUCAUGGACUUGUUGCUCAGGCUACUGACUUGCAUAGAACCUCCACAGCCCCGGCAAGAAGUGCUAAAUUGGCUGAAUGAGGAGAGAAUUAUCCAGCGACUUGUGGAAAUUGUACACCCAUCUCAAGAUGAAGAUAGGCAUUCAAAUGCAUCACAGUCACUCUGUGAAAUUAUUCGUCUAAGCAGAGACCAGAUGCUACAAGUACAGAACAGUUCAGAACCAGAUCCACUGCUUGCAAGUUUAGAGAAACAAGAAAUCAUAGAGCAGCUUCUGUCUAAUAUUUUUCAUAAAGAAAAAAAUGAAUCUGCGAUAGUCAGUGCAAUUCAAAUCCUAUUGACCUUACUUGAGACAAGACGACAGACAUUUGAAGGCCAUAUAGAGAUCUGUCCUCCAGGCAUGAGCAAUUCCACGUAUUCUGUCAACAAAAGUGUUUUAGAAGCCAUAAAAGCACGACUUUCAUCCUUCCAUGAGCUCCUACUUGAGCCUCCCAAAAAAAGUGUCAUGAAGACAACCUGGGGUGUGCUGGAUCCACCUGUAGGAAACACUCGUUUAAAUGUGAUUAGACUAAUAUCUAGCCUUUUACAGACAAACACAAGCAGUGUGAAUCAGGAGCUUAUAGAACUUAACAGCAUAGGAGUAAUACUGGACAUGUUUUUUAAGUAUACGUGGAAUAACUUUUUACAUACUCAAGUAGAAAUAUGUAUUGCAUUGAUUCUUGCAAGUCCUCUUGAAAACACGGAAAAUGGCACAAUUACAGAUCAGGAUUCCAAUGGGGACAAUCUCUUACUGAAACAUCUCUUCCUUAAGUGCCAGUUAAUACAAAGAAUACUUGAAGCGUGGGAGAUGAAUGAGAAGAAACAGGCUGAAGGAGGAAGAAGGCAUGGCUACAUGGGUCACCUGACAAGGAUAGCAAACUGCAUUGUGCACAGUACAGAUAAGGGGCCAAACAGCACACUAGUCCAGCAGCUCAUCAAAGAGCUUCCAGAUGAGGUCAGAGAGCGAUGGGAAACAUUCUGCACAAGCUCGUUAGGAGAAACCAACAAGAGGAAUACAGUGGAUCUGGUUACUACCUGCCACAUUCAUUCUUCCAGUGAUGAUGAAAUAGACUUUAAAGAAACUGGCUUCUCACAGGAUUCUUCUUUGCAGCAGGCCUUUUCUGAUUAUCAGAUGCAACAAAUGACGUCCAAUUUUAUUGACCAGUUUGGCUUCAACGAUGAGAAGUUUGCUGAUCAAGAUGACAUUGGCAAUGUUUCUUUUGAUCGGGUUUCGGACAUCAACUUUACCCUCAACACAAAUGAAAGUGGCAAUAUAGCCUUGUUUGAGGCUUGCUGUAAGGAGCGGAUACAGCAGUUUGAUGAUGGUGGCUCUGAUGAAGAAGACAUUUGGGAAGAAAAACAUAUUUCAUUUGCACCAGAGUCCCAGAGGCGUUCCAGUUCUGGCAGUACAGACAGUGAAGAAAGUACAGAUUCUGAAGAAGAGGAUGGAACUAAACAAGACUUGUUCGAAUCCCACACCAGUACAGAGGACAAAAUGGAAGUAGACUUAAGUGAACCACCUAACUGGUCAGCAAACUUUGAUGUACCCAUGGAGACUGCACAUGGUGCCAGUCUGGAUUCUGUUGGCUCUGCUGUGUGGAGUAAUGAAGCACCUGUGCCUGCUAAAGAAACUGGCUGGGCUUCCUUUUCUGACUUCACAUCGUCUUUGAGCUCAAAAGACUCUUUAAGAAGUAAUUCUCCUGUGGAAAUGGAAACAAACACAGAUCCAGGUGAUCCCUUGAGCGCAAAUGCAACUACUCUUACAACACAGUUAGAGACCCCAGCAAGUGUUGCUAUGGAGGCCAGCUCAGAUGGAGAGGAUGAUGUGGAAAACGCAGACAAGGUAACCGAGACAGUCAUGAAUGGCAGCAUGAAGGAGACACUGAGCCUAACUGUAGAUGCUAAAACUGAAACUGCCGUUUUCAAAAGUGAGGAAGGAAAAUUGACUACCUCGCAGGAUCCUUCUUGUAAAUAUGUAGUAGAAGAGAAUACAGAGGUUGCAGAAGAGGUCCCUUCAGGUCUUCAGCCUACUAACAGCAAUCCAGAGCAGAGGACUGAUCAACAUGCCCAUUUAGGAGAGGCAUCUGUUAAUGGCCCUGUAUGAUAUGUGAUGUCUACUACCUUGGCUGAAGAGAAAGAACUGAUGUCCAGAUGUUUGAGUGUUUCUUGAGGAUAUCAUCUAGACCCUGUUGAAGCCAGUCACUGCUGCACUAAUUUCGCAAGGAAUCAGGACCAGCAACAUUUAUAUUCUAGAUUUUAAGACAUUGUACAGAUAUUCAUAAGUGUAAAAAUAUUGCACAUUGAGAAAUACCAAUAAUUUUUGUGUAUGUUUAUAUUGUAUUGUUCUAAAUAAUGGGGGGCCUGUGAAAUAAGAUCCUGCUACCCAUGUAAUGAUGACAGUAGUGUUACUAUAGUUAAAAUGGCUGUAAGAAUAGUUUUAUAAAAAAGUGAAUACAAAAAUCUAAUGUAUUUGAGACAUAACUAUUUGACGAUUAGUGUGACCAAAGUAUUUAGGAGUUUUCUUACAUUUUUCACCUUGUAAAAAAGAAAAAGAAAAUUCAUGUUUUUUCUGAAACUUAAAUGCCCUAUAAAUGUUAUUUUGGUUGGUUUAGCUUACAAAAGUGAUUUAAAUAAGAAUUUUUUGGUGUUCAACAUUUUACAACAGGUUUUUUAAUUGGUAAUUGUUUUCUGUAUUGUUCAAAACAGAUCAAAAAAUGUAAGUCUAUUGGUAGAGAUUUUAAGUAUUUAUUGCAACAGCUUAGUUGACAAAUUGAUGUUACUGUAAAGCCAUAUGUUCUGUUAAGUCUAGUUUGCUUGAAACAAUACCUUCCAGGUGAAACACUAGAAUAUUUGGAGUGCACAUGGCUUGUUGUGUUUAAGUGGUUCACCUGCCUUUAAACAGUUCACCAAGAUUUAGUUUAAUACCAAGCAUUAUACAAUGGAACAUUUCAGAACAAUCUGCGUAUUUAAAACGCUAUAAUCCUUUUAGACAAGUCAAGUAAAAGAAAUGCUCAUGCUGCUAAUGUAAUUACAGUACCUGCAUUUUAAAAGUAAAUAGUGUUUUUAAUACAAAUUUUGGCAGCAGAGCAUGUUAAUUGGUAAUUUCACUGUACUGAUCUGUGUGAGGCUUUCAUUUAUAUGUUCUAAACCAGUUUUUUUCACAGCUGGUUUGUGUAUAUAUAUAGUGAUUAUGGAAACUAAUUCUGUGUAAUUUAUAAUUUUCUAUGUCAGUGUAAAAUUCCAACAGCCUUCUCAAACAAACAGAAGCAAUAUACUGUAUAUUGCCACAUUGUCUGGUGAAAGGGUUAAAAUACUCCUGCACUUUUAGACGCAAAACCAUUUUUGUUUCUGUAUUAGUCAUAUUCAUUUAUUUUUACAUCAUUUGUUUUCCUGACCAGUAUUUAAAGCCAAAAGGAUAUUCUAAACAAUGGCCAAUGAUUUAUUUUAGAAGGCGUCCCAAACAACGUGCCUAAACAUUACAUUGCAUACAGAAAUAAAAAACCCACAUGUAUGUCACUGCC